CGGGUAGUGUCAGUUUUAUUUGUACGCGGCACUGGCAAGCACGGUGUGUGCCAUGUCGUGGCAGCGUGCGCGUUUUGCGACGUGCUCGAUAUUCUGCUUUCCUUUCAAAGUGCGCGUCACCCGAGUGCCGGAAGCACAGACAAACCGUAAAAACUUGUGUGCUGUUUGAGUUUGUGCAAAAAUUAAACCCCAUGUUGGGAACGAACUUAAAAGGAAGAUAAUUUGCUAAAACUUGCGAUCAGUUUGAAUCAUUAAAGCAUUAAAGUAUUUUUUUCUAUCCGAUUUCUACAUAUCAGCUAGAAGGUAGUGUGCAAAAAAAAGUAUAUUGUUUGAAUUUUCAGCCCAUUCCGUGCACAGACCAUACCGUGCACUCGAAGCGUGCUUAAGUGGGAGAAAAAAGGCCACAUAAAACAAAAGCAAGCAGCCUAGUACCGGCCCCUAAAAGAACACAAAGUAGUGACGGCAAAGAAGAAGCAAAAAAAAAAGUGCAACGAAAAUAUUCACAGCAAAGAUGAUCCGCUGUAAUCGAUACCGACAUUAAAGGUGGUGACGAGAGAAUUGAAAGGAAAGUUAAAACUUUUCCACCCCACCGAUGUACUACACCGGGCAGCAUAAAAAGGCGGGCUUUUCCGUUCAUCGUACCACCGGAAACACGUGCUGCAGCCGAUUCAAAGACCGAGUGGUUUAAAGUGUGCCUUUCGGUAGAAGUUUUUCCGCGGUUCGGUUUUUUUUCUUCUCUGCACCGUUUGCAGAAGGAAAGCAGCAGAAAAGCGUCGUGACCGGGAGAGAGAGAGAGAGCGACCAUUCGUUGCUGCACUAGUGUUGGUGGUUUGUUUUCACUUUUCACCAAGCCCGUAUGUGUAUUUGUGUACAUAUUUGUAUCUAAGUGUACGUGUUUCUGAGUGCCUUUUUCGCGCUUCUCCAGUUGUGCGAGUUUUUCCGUGCGUGCGUGCGUGUCACCCUUGUUUGGUUGGUUGUUUGUGUUGUCUCAUCGCUCGCAGGAAAACGCAACUUCAUUCCGUAGCGUAACGCGGUGUCAGUGUGUGGCGCUUAUCGACGCGGCGUGUUUCGCGUGUGUAUACCAAAAUCGUAUAGGAAAAUCAACUCAACGACGGAUCAUAGCCGGAAAAGCUAAACGGUUUCGUGAUUGAUGUGAAAGUACGUGUACGCAAAAGAGAGAGAGAGAGAGAGUGAGAGAGCGAUAGAAAGACAACGAAAAGUGUCAAACCGUUUGACAGUUGCUGGCGGUAAAAGCUGUUGCAUAUUUAGUAGACUACUACUAGGAAAGAACCCUUCCUGCUCAAAGGCUGUAUCAGAUGAAUCGCUAGGCAAAGUGGCGUCUCCCGUACACCGACAAUGGAACAUCAUGGUGGACUGUUUGCGGACAUUUCGAACAGUUUCCCGGGCGCCAGCGGCCUGCCGAACACGAAUGUGAAGUACCACAUUCACAACCCUCCCCAGAUCCCACCGCAACCCCCUCCGCCCCCGGUGCCACCCUUAGGAUCCUCUAGACAGUAUCAUCAGUAUCAACACCAUCACCAUUCCCAGCAGCAUCAGCAGCAGCAGCAGCAACAGUCGCUGAACGUCCAUUUGCAGAAUUCGACCUCAUCGCAACAGACCACGGCACAGUCGGUUGUGGUAGGAGGCUACGGACAACCGACACCCGGCAUCAUACAGCAAAGUCAUGUUAUACAGCAGUCGCAGCAGCAGCAACAACAACAACCUGAGCUGCAGACCUCAACAACAACAGCAACAACCCAACGGCAACAUCACCUGGAAGCGCUUCAUCAGACGCUAGGUCCAGGCAGUGGUGGAACUGGUGGGGUUUUCCCCGACGGGAACACUACCGGUCUUUUCGACGGCGGAAACACCAACGCAAACGUAUCGCUCUGCGUGAACAACAACAACAGCUCAGGGAGUGGAAAUAACACUAGCAACGCAUCGGCGGGAACCAGCAACAGCAGCUACAGCUCGAGCAUUAGCAAUAGUUCGCGCAAGUUCGAAACUAACACCGGUGACAGCAUUACGUACAACAUCAACAACAUCAACACCAACAUUGUGAACAACAUCAGCAGUGGUCAAGGAGCUCCCGGGCCCAUAGCGGCCAUCACGAACGGUGGCGGUGGUGGUGGUGGUGAUUUUCUCGCUGGAGUAACGGCAGCAACACAGUACGGUACGGGCAGCGGCUCAACGAUUGCAGUGAACGGUGGUGGAACGGGAACUGGAGGUGCUGUUGGUGCACAACCAGGUGUCAGCAAUCCGACCAUCAUUAACAUUAGCAACAACAAUCACAACAUUAUGGCCCCUCCGUACCCGUACCAUGGUCCGCCUCAGUAUCAACCGAAAAUGGGUGGCAGCGCAGGAGGUGCAGGAUACAAGGAGAUGAGCGGAAAGUACGGUGCGAUCGGUGGAACAGGCAGCGGAACAAGCGGUACGGCGGGUAGUUGGGCAGAGUACGCACCUCACCAGCAUGAGGCAACGGUGAUCGGAAACUUUGAGGCGAAAAAUCCCAACAAGUACCAUCACACAGCGACCGGUGCAACGACGGCCGGGUCGCGCAUGUCCGGAGGCUAUCGGUAUGCCAGUGCGACUGAUUACGUAUCUCAACCGGCACCACCCGGUUCGACGGGACAUUAUGUUCCGUCGCACACCGGUGCAGGUGGAGCUGGUUAUGGACUGUACCAUCCCGAUGGUGUCCAAGCGACACCGAUUCAACAAACCCAGACACCGGGUGUAGUACCCGGGGCACAUGCGGGCUACGAUGCCUAUCCGCAUAUCGUGCGCAAUAAGUACUCCGGUUCAGGACCUCCGCCCGGAAUGCAUCUGUCGAGCGGAUCCCGGGGCGCUCCCUCGCAUGCCGAUCUCAUGUACAACGAACGAUCUCAACGAUACGUCAGUAGCUAUGGCACCGGAAAUACCUACAUGCCUUCGGGUGCUACUGGUGCCGGUGGCGGUGGAAGUGUUCCAAACCAUGGGACGAACAGUGCCGGACAUGCGGGUUACUACACCCAGAUGGGUUCAAGCAAAGGUAUGAUGAAUCCGGGCAUGGAUUAUUACGGCAAUACCUACUCCAAGCAGUUGUCCAGCUCGCAUCCACACCACGCCCCUAACAAUCCUUACAUCCCACCGAAUCGAAUGGCGUACUCCAAUCAAACGAGUGCGGGCUACCAUCCACACCCGUCCCAUCCAGCCCAUCAUCAUGUGCCACAUCCGCAUCAUAAAAGUGCCGUCGGAAGCUAUGGGUAUACUAAUGCAAAUGGUUCCGUCUCGUCGUACGACGAUCCUUACCAUCAGCGAUCAAUGAGUGGACGAGUUCCGCUGCCCCAUCCUUACAACACCGAUCCACACCAUCACCAGAGCACACCAGGAUCGGCACCGUACGGUGCAACCAGUGCCGGUAGCUACCACCAUCAAGUGCAAGGUCCAAUGGGGUAUCCCAAUCCGAAGUUGACCUUUAGUAAAAACAUGAACGAUUUCUACACACCGAAUGUGGCGUCGAGUAACGUAGCUCAGCAUUACGCUGGUGCUCAUCCGGGAUCGAUGCAACCGGCCGGUCUAGGGCAUGCGGGACAUUACGGUAUGAAGUAUGCUUCACAACCGAUAGCACCCCAGCAGAAACAUGCUGGCGGAGGAACGGCAUUAGGACCAGGUGGUGUUCCGGCGUCCUUAGGACAGCAGACUAGGAAAUCGUCCAGCUGUUUCUACGACACACCAAGCCCGGUAAUCGAUAUCAACCAUCCACUGAUUGAUCUAGAGGAGCAGAUCAACAGUGUGAAGAUUCUCAAGAGUGGUCCCGCUUCGAUGGGAACUGGACCGGGCUCGAUGUACGAUACGAACCAUCCUCUCAAUUAUGACUGUCAGCAGAUGUAUCUCAAGAACCGCUACAUGCAUUCCAAGCCGGUACACUCGAUUCCGAACAGCAACACCAAUCCCAUCGGAUAUGGUAGUGGACAGCCGAUCCCUACCGGUGAGCAUCCUCACCAACGCCAUCAACUCCAUCACCAAUCACAUCCGGAAGCGGUGGGAGCGUAUGGCGGCUAUGCCACAAUGGAAGAUCUUGGCCUAGGGCCUCGCAGCUUUGCACUGGAUGAAAAUCUGAAGGAUAAGAGCUUGCGCGAUUACCUUACGAGCUGGAACGAGAUGGAAGAGGAAGAUGGUGGCUCUGCUGGAGCGAAAGCCUCCAAGGAGGCUAACAACAACUUAGUUGCGCAUCAGAACUAUGAGUCUUGCAAGUACAUGGGUCAACAACAACCGUCAUUGGAAGCAACAACGACAGCGACGGAAGAAGUCCCUGUCCCUCCACCACAACAGGAAGUUGCUGAGGACACACCAUUGGAAGCUAGACCUGUAGUAACUCCAGAAACUACUACAACGCACUCUUCUCCAUCACCACCAUCGAUCGUGCCGGUUUCAGCAGCUACACCGGUAACUGGUCAUACCGGGGUAAUAGUGGCGAAUGUACAAAGCAACGGUAACCUUCCCGAUAUUUUGGUGGACAUUGAGAAACCAGCGAAAGCCGAAGAAACUGGUAAGGAUGGCGAAAAGUUAUACAUUCUCGAGACGUACGAUGUGCCGCAGAGUGAGCUUAACAAGUACAAGCAUCUGAGCGUUAUCAACGAGCUGCCGAAGAAUGUCGUUCCAAUCAACGAUAGUGCCGAUUCGCUCAAGUUCCUCGAGGAAAUCGAAUCGAACCGUGAGAAGUACUACCAAACGGAGCUCGAGUCUGAGGUGGUGUAUGAGGAAAAGGAGAAAGAAAAGGACCAGGAAGUAAUCGAGGAGGACAAGGCAAUGGCAAGCGAGGAGGAAACUGUGCCGGAACAGAAAUCAGUUAUCCAACAGCCAAAGCACGAAAGCGAUGUGCCUCGAACGGAAACGGCUCCGCCUACAGAUGAUCUUCAGAGAGAAAAUGACGAACAGAAGGAAGAUCAAUGUGAAAGAUCACCUGAAUGUAAACCUCAAGAUUUAUCCCAAACCAAGAAUAAAGAGGAGAUAAAACAAGAUCCCGAAACGUUGGAACAGAAGGAAGAAAUCAGUGGUGACGUUCGAAAUGGCGUAACUGAGGUGAAAUGUGAAGCUACUCCAAAAGACUCAUCAUCCGCCGAUGAGGAAGCAUCCUUCAAGGUGCCCCGUUGUUUCCCAAAGUAUCGAAAGCGGCGCUUCUACGAUUACGAUAUGCCCCGGUUUCCCAAGAAGGCACGUCGUUCCAGCAUAGAAGAGUUUAUCAAUUGUGAUAUACCGAAAUUCAAAGUACAAACUAACAAACGUAGCCCGAAAAGUCUGCUAAGUUUGCUGGUGGACACGCUCAACUCGAAACCGUUCCGUCGCUGGGCCAAACAGGAUCUAGCCAGACGGCAGUCGCUAGUGCAGGCAGGUGAUCGUAGUGAUGUGGCGAAGGAAGUGAGCCAGACAGCAGAAGAACCAGUAGUAGUGGAAAACGAUCAGAUGGAGGCGAUUCCCACACCGUCCGAAGAAGAGGAAUCAGAAAGACAAACGGUGUUGGUUUUAUCGUCCGUUCCUUCGUUGAGAGAUUUGUGUUACGAAAGGAUACAAUCGCUGGAGCUUUACCACCAGCCAGCUACACUGAAGGAGCUGUGCGAGCGUGUUAUCCGGGUGAGCAAACACCUUUACAUUAUUGAGGAAAUGAAGAGCGAACCACCUAGAUUGCAGGAUCUCUGCAAAGCCGUCCUCAGUGAGACGAACAUCUUCAUCGACGUGACAACGAACGAGGUGUGCAUCAUUGAUGACGAUGUCGAAGAUGACAACUGUGAAAUGGUUCCUUCCAUGGAUUCUACCACACCGAACGCUGCCCGUGUGUUUAUCGUUGAGGAAGAUCGUGGUUCGAUAGCGGAUCUUCUGCGCGAAAACAUCCAGCUACAGGAAGAAGAUCUCGUUGUCGUUCGACAAGAUAUUGGCGAAGGGUGCGAGGAUCAUGAGAUCUUUAUGACCGAUCUCGCUGCACAACCGGAACCAAUGGUGGCGGCAGAGAGUGAGAGUGAUAUCUUUAGCCGUGUCGAGCAAGAAAUUGAAAAGAUGAUGCACACCAGUUCGUCGGAGGAUGAGGCAGAAGUUCCGGCGAAGGAUUCUGAGCUGUUUGCAUUUGCAGAAGAUGUCGAGUGUAUACAGUACGAAGAAGUUGUUCCGGUUCACACGGAAGUGCACAGCAUGGAAGAAGGUGUGCUGAAGGCCCUUCGGGCAAAGUAUGCGUUGCGAGGCGUGGGACAACGGAGACUUCAUCGGCGGCUGGUUCGCAAGUAUGUCAUUUAUCAACGAUACAUUGAGACACGAUCUGGGCUGCUGCCACGCAAUACCGUUCGAUGGAGAAAGAUGAUCGACACUAGAAAUGCAUCCGACAAGGUGCAGCUGGUGCCACCGGUGCAACACGAUGAGGAAAGUAACUGCUCGAAUAGUUCGACUACUUCCGGUAGCAGCCGUUCAUCAAGCUCUACUCGCAGCAGUCACUCGUCGCGUUCUUCGUCGUCUAGCUCGUCUUCGUCAAGCAGCAGUAGUAGCAGUAGCAGCAGCAGUAGCAGUAGUAGCAGUAGCAGCGAAAUGGAAGACGAAGAAGAAACGGUAAAACUUGUAGCAGCGGUAGAAUUAACACCAGAAGAGCUUUCGAGUACCAGUGUAACGCUAGGGGAGGCAAACAAUAAUACUAUCGAACUAGUACAUUCGACCAUGCCCCGAGAGCAGCAGAAGGAAAUGGUUUCACAGCCCACGAUGCAGGACGAUGAAUCUCAACCCGACCAGGUGAAGGCAGACUCCGACGCCGGUAUUAGUCCAGCCCGGUGUGAUGACAGUAGUGCGAGCAGCUGUAGCAGUAGUGGAAAAAGUAGUCCUGCAAGUCAGAACACCCGUGCCAGCAGUCCGUAUACUAGCAGCGGCAGUAGUAAAAGCAACAGUAGAAGUCCCACCAGUUCCAUGGAACAACGUGCUGCUACAAAAGUCGCCUACACUACCGAACGACCACGUUCGGUCAUUGUUUCACCACCAAUUGCCAAAAGGAAGAAGAAGCUUUCGUUCGAAGAAAGCCUGCUCAACAUCGAUCAAAUGUACCGGAAGCCCGCAAGUCCUGCGCCAACCUCUACGGUACCAUUGCUGAUACCACGAUCGGCAUCCGCAAGUCCGCAGCAGUCCGCCGCAACCCGCCCGAAUGUGAUCGUAAACGUGAACAAUAAGCGUGAAGUUCCUCGUAAGCUAAUCAUACCGUCGUACAAGAUCUUCGAUCAGACGGCGGACGAAUCACGCCCGGCUGUCAACGGGCAUCACCGGAAGGCAUUCAUGGACGCUGACACUUCGGCGACAUUACUCGAGAUGAGCGGUGGAUUUAGCAAACAAAUCCAAAAGCGUAGAACGUCCAUCAGUAUCGCACCAGCCUACGGACGCUCGAUCUCCUCCUCCGAGGGUGACCGUCGAACGCGUGGCCUGGAGCGUCGAAAGGCCGCCCUGGUAAGGCGUCGAAGCUGCUGUUGCUCGCCAUUGCGGUCACCUCCGAGCUCACCGCUAGCGUUGCCCGUGUGCACGAAGUCUUCACCGCUGAUGGUUCAGGUUGGUGCACCGAUACCGUACGUGCGCCUGGAGCGAAACGAUUACGUGGAAAAGCUGGCAGAGAGCUAUCGUCGGCAGGCACAACAACACCCAAGGUCGUCGUAGGUUCGUGUCAGGAAAAAAACGGCUAACCAGCUAAACAGGUAAAACGGGGCUACAUCGUGGCUUGGCCUUUUAAUCCAUUCUCGGUUUUGAACGGAGAAAAAAAAUGUGCAAAACGCUCUUUAUUUAAUCGACAGUCGAUUAUGUUUGUGGUACGAGUGCUCUAAAUGCACUAAUUGAAUUUACACUCACACCAGGGGGAAAACUGAUGAGCUCAUAUUUAGAAAGUACAUAGUUUGUAAAUUUUUAAUUGCAUUCCUAUGCUUUAGAAACAAUUCCUUUGCUGCAGCAAAAUUGGUAGCUAGUAAUAUGCACGAUAAAAGCAUUCUUCCUUUUCCUGUGUAGCUUCGAAGAUUUUAUGCACGCGUGUAUAGCAGAUUAAAGUAAUCACAAAUAAUACACCCUUCUUUUGCGAGUCUAUCGCUUCCAACCGGCACCGUAACUUAAAACUGUGUGUGUAUUUUUUUUUCUUUUGCUGAAAAAGAGUUCAUCAUUACAAGCACGUACUUAAAAACAAUGCCCACAAAGGGGUAGGGCGAUAUAGCUGCUAUGUUUGUUGUAAAUCAACAAUUUUGUCUUUUAAUUGUAUUUAAUUUUAUUUGUUUGUAAGUCAUAAAUCAGAGCAAGUGAAGCUUUAUUCGCACAACUGUAAAAUGAUGGCUCGCACACAGUUAUGGCUAGCUAAAUCGUUCGCUAUAAAUGUGGAGGGAAACAUUUUUAGAGCAUGCUUUUUAUAGCGAAGCUUCUACUAAAAGCUCUUGCACGAAAGCUAAAACGGAAUUCUGAUUUUACAUACAGUAGGCCAAAUGUAAGGUAAUGAAUAUGGAAAAGAAACUUUUCUAUUUUUUACUAAUUCUGUUGAUUUUAUCAUUUUUGCUAAGGAAUUUAGAAAAAAUGAAAACAUAAUAUAUUAUGUCAGCUUUUGUAUUUUUAAACGAGAAAAGGAGCAGAAUUUAUAAUUUAUUAAAACUAUUCAACGAUAGAAUAAACCGAAUUGCAUUGACUGCGAUCUUUCUACUGGUGAUUUAAAAUUUCGUUCAUUUUUCCAACACCUGCAUCAGCUUCCUUGUGCGCUGCAUUGAAUUUUAUUUUAAAGUUCAAACGUUACGUAUUUUGCAUAUCAACGUAUUAACUAUUUGUUCCACAUUUGCUCUAUGGUUAGGAUUUAAAUGAGUGGAGAUAAAUAUUUGUAGAAAAAUAUCGUUUGUCCAAAGGUAAAUAAUUCAUUUCAAGUAAUCAUUAUCGUCAAAACGUUUUUACACGAACGCUUCAAAAGAUGCGACUUUAUUACUAUCACUCAUCUAGUCAAGUGUUGUUGUUGCAUUCAUGUUUGAUGGUUUUGGGGGGGUUAUUUUAACGAGAAAAAGGAAGGGAAAUCCGAUUUUAGCCUUUUUAGCAAAUCACUUUAGCAGAGUGUUAAGUUUUACAACAGAUACAACCACCACGGUACCCACCUUUCUUUUUCUAGGCACGCGUGUAUAACACUAGUGUAAAUGUUACAUUUUGUGUGCGUUGUGGGACGUUGUUUGUGCGUGUUUCAUAUAUUCCUCAAAGAGUUACACCUUUAAUUGUAUGAUUUCUAAAAGACCCCGCACUAGUAGCUGUAUAACAAUUCGUAAGGCAUUGUGGUACAUAGCAUUAUUAGUUUGUUUUUCCUGUUUGUUAGGUAGGGUAAGUAUGUUUCUGUUUUUAAACAAAGCAAAAACCAUUUAAAAGACAACGCCAGCAAAAAGAUUUCGAGUGCACAGCGGAAGCACGAUAGCAAGUAAUGAAGCCAACAUGAAUGGUUGGCAGGCAAAAGAAUAUGUACAAGCAUUUGAACACAACGCAAAAUGGAACCAAACGGAGAUGGAAAAGAAAGAAGAUGUAAACAAAAACAAUCCGUGUAAUGUAAUGAGAAAACAAAAAAGAAAACAUGAAUCAGUGCCUUCAGGUGACAGAAUACAAAAGUGGCAGCCAAAGGACAUAUAAAACAAAUAAAAAUAAAAAAAAAACACACAUAAUAUACCUUGUAACACAUAAAAGACAAAACAAAACAUACCAAAAAAUAAACAAAAACACAUACACACAGAUAAUCACGAAUUGUGAGGAUAGCAUAUAGAAGAAUGAAGUAGUUUAUCGAAUUAUUGAAUGAAUAUUAUUAAACUCACGCACCCAAAACGCGUGUAUAGAGUGUAGCAAAUGUUUUAGGGCCACACACACACUCGCUCAUGUGAAGUGUGUGUGUGUGUGUACGAAAAAGCGAAGUGUGAAGUACGUUUUACAACGGCAUUUGAUAUAGGACGAUUUAAAGAAAGAUGAAAGGAGAAAAGAGGAGAAAACAAAUAACUUUAAAAUAUUACUGUGUGAAGCUUAUCGCGCUAGCAUGUAAUUGAAAUAUUUUAGGAAAGAUCUAUACAAAACGAUUAAAACCAAUUAGUGAAAACUACGAAAAUAAACAUUCCCCACUACACAACCAUUCCUUUCUAUUAGCAUCCUUUCUCUGUCCCUAAUCGGCUCGUAACGAAACUAAGCUAUACGGUGUUGUUGUACGAAACACUUACGUUUCUAUUGUUUCUAACACAUGCCGCUCACAGCAACAAGCUGCGAAUGGUACGUGCGUAAGUGCGCGUGGUAUAUGUGUGUGUGUGUCGGUGUAAAUUAUGUUUGCGUUGGAAUCGAAAUAAAAUGAAUUUAGUUGUUUUUGAUUGUUGAUUGAAAACUGAAACUCAAA